AUGGCGGGGGUGCUGGGUGCUAUGACUGGCAAGGGAGGUGGCACCGCACAGAGGCGCUUCGUGCCGCGGUGUCUAUGGGGAUUUGGCACCGCGUGGGGGUCUGGGCGGAGGGUGGCAGAUGUUUCGCGACACCCGGAGACGGCCUGCCUGACCCUAAUUGGUGCGCAGACAUCAUCGCCGGCCAAGUCCAGAGCCCCCCCUCGCCAGGUGAAUGGGGUCCUGGGGGGCCUGGCCGUCCUCUCUGUGAAUCUUGCACCCCAGGCCAAAGUCAAGGAGAUCGAGUGGAGCUACCGGGCCGGAGCUGGGCCGGCCCUCUUGGUGGCUGUCUUUCGGGAUGGGAAGUUCGAGCGGCCAGAUCCGGGCGACAGGUUCAAGCAACGGGUGGACAUCUUCAACGAGACCCUGCGGAUCAAGGCCUUGGAGCUGAACGACAGCGGGAUCUUUGGCGCCCGGGUCAAGCUGCUCCCAGCCAUCGUGGAAGACCAGAUCUUCCAACUUGCUGUCUACGAACCCGUUUUGAUGCCCCGGAUCCAGAGCCAGCUGGUCUCCAGCACCCCAAAGUGGUGCAACAUCACCCUGCAGUGUCUCUCGCCCGGCAAGGGCCCCGUCAACGUCACCUGGAGGAAAGGCAGCCCCAUCCGGGAGCUGGGGGCUUCAGACCGCUACCAGGUCUCCCCCGACGGACGCACCCUCCGCCUCUCGCUGCUGCCGGCUGCCUUGAACACCACCUACUCCUGCGUGGCCAGCAACCCCAUCGAGCACAAGAUCGUCUCCUUCGACCUGCAAAGGAUCUGCCAGAGCGGAGCGGAGGGCUCCUUCUCUAAAUCUGGGUACGUCGUCCUGACCUUCAUCCUCUUAGUGCUAAGUCUUGGGGCGGCAUUUUGGUGCUGGAGGAUCAACAACGAGAAGUCCGCCGAGUCCGUGACCAUCCCAACCGUCCAAGUGGAGGAAAGUCCCACGGACCCCCAAUACGCCGAAAUCCUCCGGAGGAGCCCCCCAGAAGGUAACAAUAAGUCCCUAGGUCUCCAGGAAAGUAAUGUGGAGAGGAGCCCCCAAAAGGAACGGCUGGUGACCACCAUUUAUGACCAGAUCCGGAAGACCCCAGACACGCCGACCAAGGACAUCACAUAGACCCCCGGAACCGGCAAGGAGGGAUUUGGCCAGCCCUGAAGCAAACUACGUGCCAAACGUGGACCACUUUGGACGUCCCUAUUGAGCCAACCUUUUUUCUGGUGCAGAAGAAAAGGGGAUCUCCCAGGGGCCAAAUUCUCUCCCUUCCCACCCCGACUCACGAGGAGCCCUAUUUCCUUCUGGAGGCCUUCCUUCCAAGGCCUUGGCCUGGUCAGCUUGGACCUUGGGAAGAUAGACAACAUUGGCCUUGGUCAAGGAUGGACGCGCCCAGCUCUCCAAAUGGAAGGCCCAGACUUUUAGGACAAUCAUGAAGAGCAAGGAAGCUGGUGGACUCUUGGUAGAUCUAUCAACAAUCAAUGGGAGCUGAUUAUUGGAAACUCAUGAAUGCCAAGGAGAGGAGCCAGGAAGGUGAUGGACUCUUGAUAGGUCUAUCAAUGAUCAGUGGGAGCAGAUCAUUGGAAACUUUCAGGUUGACUCCUAUCAUCGUUCUAAGAAAAGGAGGAAGAGGAAGAAGAAGAGGAAGGAGCGAGAAAAGUAUGGCUGAGGAAGAGUUGUGCAUAAUGGAAGGCCCAAUGCGGAACAUUUAUUUACUAAUAUCACUAUUUCAUUUACAUCCGACUUUGCUUCCAAAAUGGGACUUGAAGGUGCUUUCUUUCCUAGAUCCCACCAUUGGAGAAGCAUCACUCAAGAGGCUGAGAUGAAGUCUCUCUUCUUCAAAUGGGAGCAACACUUAUUAAUAAAUAGACGUAUUGUUCGGUAAAUUUGCGUAGUGAUUUGAGCAUUGGACUACGACUCCGGAGACCAGGAUUCGAUUCCCGGCUCUGCCAUGUAAACCCAUUGGGUGAGUCCCACUCUCUCAGCCUCAGAAGAUGGCAAUGGCAAACCCACGAAGAAGUCAACCCCAUGAUAGGGUCUCCACCAGUUUGGAAACAACUUGACGGCGCACAAGACGAAGCCCUUCCAAAGCUGUUCACCAAGAUGGCCGGCAGGUGGCACUCGGCUCCCAGGAAAGCAUCAGUCCUUGGCCGUCUCAAAGGAAGUCUCUUGUAUUUCAGCCAACCUCAGAGAUACACCAAGGACCCUCUGUGCACUCAAUCUAAACAAUGCUCAGACUGUAGCAGGGAAUGCGCCAACGCCUGCCUUGCAAGGAGUGAAUCUUGAUCUCUGGAAGUGACUCAAACUCUGUUUGGGGGAUCUGCAAUGGCAGGGUUUGGACUACCUUUGGGGUCCCUUCCAACCCAUGAGUCUAUUAUUCUGUUCUUGGGAAAUGAAAGAACGGGGGAAAGAUAUUUUCUUUCCAUGCAUCAAUGCAACGCACUAAAGUUUUCUGGCGUUACGUAUCUCUUACUCGUUCCCCUCCCAGAUGCACACUCAAAUAUCUAAUCUUUGAACUAUUCCUCAAUCUUUGACUCAAUGCAUGACUCUAGUUUGUUUUGGCAAGAGACUUUGUUCAAAUAUAAUACUUUGUCUAUAGUUCUGGAACAGGGAGUAAGACCCGCACAAUGAGGAGAAGCCAAAAUGAGGGCCUUGCUCUUUCCAAAUAAGAAUUCUGGGCCCUCCAUGAAACUCUUCUUCAAAUCCCCAAAUUUCUAGCAUUGCAGAGAGAGGGAGAUGUUCACUAUCUUCUGUUUUGCGGUGUUUGCAUUCCCAUGUUGCUUUGGAUCCCUAAACUGAAUUUCUACAUUGCUUUGCAAUUGCUUUACCUUUAAGUUCUUGCAAUGCUAGAAAUUUGAAGACUUGAAGGAACAUUAUCAUCUGCGGAAGCAAUAUUCUUAAAGGAGUGAAUCUCAUUGAUCCAGAAUUUGGAAAUCCAAAACUGUCCAGGCUUCUGGUCCAGAGUAACACUUCUGGUCCAGAGUAUUAAAGCAAUUUUGAUACCACUUUAACCACCAUGACUCUAUCCUACAAAACCCUGGGAUUUAUAGUUUGGUAUUCAACUCGGUCUGUCUGAGAAAUAGUCCUAAACCUAAAAUUAAAGCCUCCACCAGCCAUAAUAAAGUUGAACUUGAACUUAUUGUUUAACUCUGUCUCUGUGUGUUUAAACUUUGUUAAAAUAACAUUUUAGCCCCAUUUUAAAUGAUUGCAAACCUCUUUGGAGCCCAUCCUGGGAAGAACAAAAAUAUAAACCGAAUGAACAAAUAAAAGUGCUGUAUCACAUUGUCAGCAUUGGCUGCUUUCUUUCCGACAGUGUUGCUUUUAAUGCCAUCCUUAGUUUAAUGACUUAAGUUUAAUGAUUUCUGGGAGACUCAAAACAAUCCUUAAGGUCUUGGCUGGAGAUUGUAAAACUCACAAUAUUUGUUGCGGUGGCGGCGAGUU